GAUUUGACACGCCCCAGCGAGGAAUCGAUUGGCAGUUGGUUGUGUGAGGAAGGAUCUACCUACCAGAAAUACAUCGCUGCACUCAGCGGGUCAAACCCUGGUCUCAAGAAACCAGAUCCAAACAACGAAAAGUACCCCUUGACGGACAACAACGCUCUCGUAGUCCUACUUGAAGCCCCCCCAAAUCAAAAAGUCGAUUUCGCGAUAACAGAGUUUCAGAGUCCUGGACAGCUCGCCAGACACUUCGAAGCUGUUUCAUCAUCCAAGGAAAACCAUGAUCGAAGACGGAUAUACAUCAUGGAGGGUCUAGCAAAGAAGUACAUUUCCAUUUUGGGUGGUCAUUUCAUGAUGAAUCCAUCCUUUUUCCAGAGGCAGGAACGGACUUGUGUCUGGAGCAACGACUUUACCCCAGUCUCCGACGCGUUGCCACAUCCAUCUCUCCUCGACUCUGAAAGCAGCUUUCAUCUCCAAUACUGUGAAUUGAGACAGUUUAACAAGGCGAUUGAGAAUAAGCCUUAUUUUUGUAAACGGACUAGGCGACAUGUAGGCAUGACGCCGCCGCGGCACAAAGAGGAUUCUACGACUGGCAUUCUCAGAAGGAAAGUGUCUUGGUGGUCCAGAAAAACAUCGGGAGGCGGCUGGGAUGUGGUUAUUCUCUGCGAUCCUCAGCUCGACGAAUUGGAUGCGCAACCCAGAGAAUACCGCAAUGGCAUAUACAGCGACCUGAGGUCAUCGGAGAAGUUGAAAAACUUCCCUUUCCAGGAUGGAUACCUCGACUUCAUUCCAACUGUCUCUGGAAUGGUUGCUGCUAAUAAGCUAAAACAUCCACACAGCUCUAUGUUGCGCGAUCUGGUCCAUUAUUACAAGAAUCACAGCGACCUGUUCUCAGAUGACUGGGUCAAUUCAAGCAGAUCCUCCCUUUUUGUCAAGAAGAUUGUAGCUGCGCAUUACUUGCAACUCGUCGACUAUAUCAAAGCAAUGCUGCCGUCCCUUGAGCUUCGCCUGACUACUGCUUGGGUGGAGGAGCAGGAACAAUGGAAGUCGCUUCAAACGAUCUCUCGCCGCUGCGGCAACUAUCGAGACGACAUAGAAGAUACACUGCUCAGUCUGGGGUACCCUGUUGAUGUGCUAGAUAGCGGACGACGCGUAGACUGGACGGAUUGCCAAAAGGAUUUCCAGUACAUUUACUUCCGUCUCAAGAUUCUCAAAGAGCGGGCGGACACUCUGAUGCAGUCCAUGACGGGUUUAGCGAGCAUCGCCGGAAAUCGGCAGAACCUUGAAGAAGCGAAGCGAGUGAAGCGUUUGAAUCUGCUGGCAUUGUUGUUCGUGCCGCUAGCAUACACAUCAAGUCUUUUCAGCAUGCAGGACAAUUACGCUCCGAACAAGGGUCAGUUCUGGGUUUACUGGGUCUCGGCGCUUAGUGUGGUCGGACUGACAAUCAUCAUCACCUGGAUAUUGGACUCAGCUCUUGACGAUGAAGCCCAAUGG